UUUUCUGCUUUUAUUUUGAAGGCUCCGCCGUCCACUUCCCUUUUACUGUUGCGUGUGUGCCCUGCAGCGCCACCUGUGGGCCGCUGCUGAUUCUCAGUCAAAUCAUCAUAGAGGAGAGGUUACAGAGGUAGGAGGGUACCACCAGCGGAGAUUUGAAACCCACUGGAGUCUGUAAUGCACCGAGAGAGAGCAGAGGGCUUCAUUUUGAAUCGAUAAACGAGAGCAGAGAGACAUUCAGUCAUAAAUAAUCCCGCUGAGGACUCGGAGAUGGGACAUUUGCUGUCGGCAGCAUAUGGUCAUGGAGCCAGCUUCAUGUUACCGAUGCCUUGCUUUCUAUUCCCUGCAGCCUCCAGCUCGGACUGUUUAAGUUAAACGGCUACAGGGAGCUGAUCUGCUCUGUCCUGAUAUUCCCAUCUGGACCUGGUGAUAUGAGAGGCUCCAGGAGGCGGUGAUGGAGCUCCAGGACUUGGGCUGGCUGUGUCUGGUGGGUCUCUUCCUGACCUCCUUGCUCAUUGUGCUGGGAUGGCUGUUCCAGUACUUGCUGACCGUGCUGCGGGUGUGGAGGUCCACCUGGAAGACCGCCAAGCAGGACAGGAGGGAACCACAGCUCUGCCUCACACAGCCCCAGGUUGGAAGCGUGUGGGGCUUCCUCAUGAAGCUCCGCUCAGGCCGGGAUGGAGGACCUGCAUCUGAGGCCGGGGUUAAAGGCUUGCUGACCUCUCUGCUGUCCUUCAAGUCCUUUAGGGAGCACUGGCAGAGAUCCUGGGUCAGAGCUCUGAACGAGCAAGCCUGCAGGCACGGGAGCUCCAUCCAGAUCACUUUUGACAGCAGUCUCCAGCUAACUGCUGCCUCUACGAUAGAUAGCGUGACCUGCACUGACCAAACACCACACAGAAUGGUUUUACACUGUAAAUGUUGGGUGGACACAGUGACAUUUCCUGUGACGGUCACCCAGCAGUCACCCGCUGCCAUUUCAAUGGACACCUAUCAGAUCACUUUAGCACCUAUGUCGACAAAGGUGGUUGUGUAUCUGGAGGAGGUGGAGGACGAGGGUCUGCUGAUGUCCUGGACUCUUUCCAAGCAUCCAUCAUUUAGUCUGACCGUGUCCCCGUGUAAGCUGCAGAGACAGGGCGCUGAGGGUGUGGCAGACGUGGACGUGAUCAAGGGACUGAUAGAGGACACUUUGUUCAGCACUCAGCCAGCCAUGGUCCUCAACCUCAAGAAGUGUGUGUCCAGCCCUCUGGCCGCCAUGGACCAUCUAUCAGUGGGAUCCAACUCUGUACCCCAGAGUGUCUUGGUGAGACGGCUACUGCUCCGGCAGCUCAGGGCGACCUUAAGUAAAGGUCAGUGGUCUAGAUCAGGGGAGCUGUGCUGUGUCCUGAGCCUGGACCAACCCUCCACAGAGAGGACCACCCGCUUCCUGUCUGUGCCCAGCAACCCCAACGCCCCGCUGGAAUGGAGCGAAGAAAUUACUCUGGAGCUGGGCCUCGAGACCAAAGAGCUGAGAGUUAAACUUCUGGAGCGCAACGGAAAAAGGGAACAGCUCCUGCCCGGCCACGGCUCCAUCUCCUUGGACCUCCGGUGCAAAGUUCCCACCGGACAGCACACGCUGUCAAUAAGCCCUGGCCACGGCUUGGCGCCAAACGCCACUGUCACGGCGGAGCUGCUGUAUGUGGAAACGGAGGAGCCCCGCGGCGGCCAUAAUACACUGCCUCUCCGUUCCUCGCUCACUCCCACCAAGAAAGUCGAUGUGGACCGAACCAUCAUGCCAGAUGGAACCAUCGUCACCACUGUCACGACAGUCCAGUCUCGACUGAAACUAGAUCGCAGUCCAGGUGAUUCCCCUUUGCGUUCGCCAUCCAAAGUGGAGGUGACUGAGAAGAAACCCACCAUCCUGUCUGACAGCAGAAGCAGCACCAGCCCCAACCUCAGCAAGAGCAGCCGCCUGUCUAAUGGCCUGGAUCCUGUUGCAGAGACGGCCAUUCGGCAGCUGACGGAGUCCGCCUCCAAAGUAGCACGCAAGACGCCAACAAAGAGGAGCACGCUGAUCAUCUCGGGCGUGUCAAAGCAGGUUCCACUCUCGGAAGAUGACUGUGCGUUAUCGAGCGGCUACGCUGCAGCCAUGGACGCAGCCAUGCAUGGCAAUCACUACGGGGCGGGGCACCACCAGGACCCAGAUGAGACCACGCCCUCCGAUGUGUCAGAGCGUCCCUCUGUGGACGAUGUGGAAUCAGAUACUGGUUCUACUGGGGCCUUGGAGACACGCAGCCUCAAGGACCAUAAAGUGGGCUUUCUACAGAGCGGGACAAAGCUUUUGUUCCGCAGGAGACAUCGAGAGAAGGAGCCCUGCCUGAGCCAGUCCCACGAAGACAUCUCCAACAUGGGCAAUAACUUUGCUGCCACCCCCACCAUCAACCGUAAAAAGUCUGGCAGUUUCUCUCGGCGUCUCAUCAAACGAUUCUCUUUCCGCUCAUCAGGCAAAUCAAAAGGCAAAGCUACCAACGGAGGAGCGAGCUCGCUGGAUAACUGAUUAUCAUUGUUGUGGUGGGACAUGGGUCCUCCUGACUUAAGUUUUACUGUUAUUACUGUCAGAAGAACAACUAAACCUUGCAAGAGUCCAGUCUGUGACAGGCUGAGCACCCCAGGUUGGAUGUCACCUGCACAUCUUGAAAGAAGAACGAGAAAAUGAUUGCACCUUCAGGACAAAAGACAUGUUUAAUCACAUCACUGACGCUAAAAUGUGAUAUGAAAUGCUUUUCUUAUGAGGAGAUUUCUGCUGCUCGGUGUGGAGAAGGUAAUAGUCACAAUGAAGCAUCGUGCCCCCCAUUUGAACACAAACUAUAGUGUUUGAUUGUGACAGAGGUUGGAAAGGCUCUUAAGCUAUUUAAUUAUAUAAAAUACCAGUAUGAUGCUAUUGGUUGCACUUUGGACUGUUUUUUGACAGCAGAUGUACAUUUUUAUUGUGUGGUUCUCAUGAAACAAGUGCUAUUUAUUUUACCCUCCAAAAAACAUCCAAAAGUCAUCAUAGUUCCAUUACACUGUAAAAUACUGACAUUACUGUGUUUUUCCAUGCAAAUGUAAUUUAAAACACAUAGUUUAAGUAAGUUAAGAAAUCUAAAUCUAGCAGUCCAUUCAUAAUUGCUUAUACAUCGGUUUUAGAAUGUUGUUCAUUGUUGUAUCUUAUAUAAGAAGCAGAAAAGGUAAUAUAUUUAUUGUACUUUUUAUUUUAUAAAGGUACUUUCUGUAAAAUAUAACGCACAUAAUGCAUUUCAGUUUGCUUUUUAAAACAUCCAACCAGCCAGGAUCUCUAGCAGAAUUUUCCAAGUUGGGCAAUAAGUUUAAACUUUCUUUUUUCAGUCAUUAAAAAGAACAUGGCUAGGUCCUGCUCUCCGUGUGGCUCCUGUUGACUCCAAUUAAAUCAAAAGUGCAUCCACUCACAUUAUAGAGGCUUAGGUUGAUGCUCAUGUGGACAUUUCAUGAUUGCAAUAAUUAUCAUUACUGU